AAGAUGGUUUCAUAUAGCACGUUAUGCAAUGGUUGUUUUGAAAGAAUAAUAAUAAUAAUUUCACAUAUGUUGUCUACUAAAAGAGCAAUUCACAUAAUUUGGCAAUAUGAAACUGUCAACAUUUGGCGAAAAAUUAAAAAUUAAAAAAAAAGUAAAAUAAAAAAAAAUAAUUACUAAACAACAACAAAAAUAAAUUGAAAUUAGCGUGUUGCAAUCACUUACAGCCCACGGUUAGCAAGCAACAGUGUCUGCCAAGCGAGCUUAUCACUUUCCUUCUUAGCUUUUAACGCAAAAAAAAAUACACAGAUAAGCGAAACUUACGUCUUAGCAACGAUUACACGCGCAACAUUCGUUGUAGGUAGCGAUUCCUUAAAUGAUUGACGACAUACAGAUCAAUAAAUGCAUUUCUAUUUAGCUGCAACAGCAGUUUUCAAAGCGAGUUCAAUGCACCCGACUGAAUUAACGUUUUCUCAGCAAUCUGAGUGGUGCUACGCAAAUACCUUUAUGGUAUAAAAGCUACAUUUUCCGUUUUGUCAACACUACAGUUCAAUUCGACUGCUCCGGGCAUACGACAUAAACGGCAACAAAGAACCAUGAAUCCUUUAAGUAUUUUUUGUUUGGUGGCCAUUUUGGCUACAGCAACAACAGUGUGCGGUAGAAGCAACUCAAUACGUGAUAACCUGAAACCCACUGAGUGGAUUUCUCAGCGUGAAUUGGAGAAUACACCUUCAGUGGAUGAGAUCACUUUCGAAAGGUUGCAGGAAAUGCCUGCUGAGGAGGCCGCCGAAUUGGUAAACAAGAUUUAUCACUUGUCGCAGUUGAGCCGGAAAAUUGAACCCAGUUAUGCUCCCAGUCCCAGCGAUAUUCCUGCCUACACCUACACACCCACUGGUCAGCGUGUCAACUUCAAAUUGAAUCAGCUAGUUUCUACCGCCCAACAACAACCCCAUUUUGGCCAACAAGAAGUCACAAUUUUCAUCACUGGUCUGCCACAACAGAAACUGCGUGACGCCGCAAACGCCAACCAGAAACUCGUACAGGCUUAUUUGCAGGCUUACAACGGACAAGUGCAGGUACAAGGUGGUCAGGACUAUGACUAUGUGCAGGAUACUUCAUCGAGCGAGGAAUCUUCUAGCCGUUCUAACAACCAACAGAACACACCUACUGGUAAUUUGGUGGUAAUUGAUUUGGGCGCCGUCAUACGCAACUUCGAAGAACUUGCUCUACUCGAUAUCAACCGCGUCGGUGCUGCUAUCGGUAACAGUUUGGUACAACUAACGUCGCAAACUAAUGUACCCCAGGAAGUGAUCUAUAUUGUUGCACAAGGUAUUGGUGCUCAUGUUGCCGGUGCAGCUGCUCGUCAAUACACACGUCAAACAGGCAACACGUUGCGUCGUAUUACUGCUAUGGAUCCCACAAAAGUCUUUGCACGCAAGCCCAACACUUUGGUCGGCUUAAGUCGCGGCAAUGCAGAUUUUGUUGAUGCCAUCCACACUUCUGCUUAUGGCUUUGGUACCGCUGCUCGUGUAGGUGAUGUUGACUUCUAUCCUAAUGGUCCAUCUGUUGCUAUGCCUGGCACUGAUGACAUAAUCGAAGCUUCCUUACGUGCAACACGUUACUUCGCCGAGACAAUGCGUCCAGGUAAUGAUCGCAACUUCCCGGCGGUCGCAGCCGAAUCCCUACAACAGUACAAAAACAACAAUGGCAAUGGUAGACGCGCUUAUAUGGGUAUUGCCGCUGACUACGAUCUCGAAGGUGACUACAUUCUGCAAGUGAACGCUAAAAGUCCAUUUGGAAAGAGUGCACCUGCCAAAAAACAGAACUCCUACCAUGGCCUACAUCAGACUUCCGGCCGCACCUCUACGAACAAUUAAACUGUAGUUGAAGGCGGAAAAGUAAAUGGCAGAGCUUUAAAUAGAUUUUGUAUUUAAUUUCCCUUGCAUUAGACAUUUUUUAUAAUUAUACUCUAAAUUCCGACAUAAAGCUGUAAAACUGAUUUGUAAAUAAACGCAAUUGGUAUUAAA